AUGAUGUGGGGCAACACGAACGCGCCCGUGAUCAUGAUGGCCGAGAAGGCGGCGGACAUGAUUCUGGGCAAGCCGGCGCUGCCGAAGGCUGAUGUGCCAGUGUACGAGCCGAGCAACUGGCAAACCAGCCAGCGAUCUCGCGCUGCGCUGCGCCGCCACUUGAUCACGGCUUCGCGAGCCAACGAUCCACGCAACGUCUUUCUGGUGUGUUCUCUGUUCGAGCGUCAUCAGGCGGUUCUCGUUCUCGUCCAGCGUCUGGCCGCUUUACCAAUCGACGAGGCACAGAUACCACCGAAUCGACAGUUCGUGGCCCUCGCCCAGGCCACCGCCUCGGGCUGA